GUCUCCGACUGUUGACACUCUGCCAAAAUGCCAUGUACUGUAAACAUGCUCCACAAGCGGUGUCAUAGAGACGCUGACUUUGCUCCUGAUGAGCUCUGACAUCUGGACGCCAGGAAGGAUGUACUCAUUCGAGAAGGUCGCCACCGCGUCCUCCACAUCGGUCUCAGCUCCAGAUGAAGUACCUUACCACAAUGUGUGUCCUCCACAGGCCGCAGGUUUUCUGCUCUGCUCCUGGGCCCGAGUUUGGCGUGACCAGAGCAUCGUCGCGGGAGAAGCUCACUAAGUCCGCCAUUGCCAUGACCAAGCUCGCGCUCGAGAUGGAAUUGGGCGACCAGCUUCGUUACCUAUCCAACAUCAGCAUACCAGUCUUCUUAUCGGCCGCACUAGUACACGCCUUGGAGGUCCGUUCGCCAGACGAGGAGGUCAGAAACAUCAGCAUUGGUCGUUUUUACCAGUGUUUUCACGUUUUGAGCGAGCUUCAAGAGAUGUACGCCUCAGCAGACUACGCAGUCCGGUUUCUGGAGAUGGUGCUGGACAGAAUGAAGACUAAGAUUCCCAUGCUCAGAUUGACUUCUAGCGCUCCAUCAAGGCAAGGUUCAAACGUUCGGAAAGGCUUGACGCCACUGGACGGCGCUUCGAGCUCGAAGCCUCAGGCUCGGAGGACAGAUUCUUCAGUCGAACCCCUCAGCCGAACCCCUCAAUGCCCUGUGUCCCGACCAAACUCAGUCACUCACACCCUUUUUGGGUCCCUUUGACACUUGGCCUGUGAUAGCAGAAGGACUUCUCAUGACCAAUCAUAACCAGCUGGAAGUCGGAGCGGUCGGCGAGUCUUUAUUCUCAAGUUCAUGGGCGGAUGUAGAUGCGCUGCUUCCGGUCCUGUUAGAUAAUGCCUCUAGUUGAUAAGAAUGACCUCGAGCACUCUGCUCCAGUUCGAAAAACCGAGUCUGCUCUAACGUCUCUGUUAACGUCUCUAUCACUUUCUUUUGUAUACCACCUUUAGUGACUUCAGUCUUCAUAGUCACACCUCGAGUGUCAACGGACAGCCAAAUGAUGACACACCGUUAUAAGACGGAGCAGAAAUUCUCCCUACUUCAUCUUGG